AUGAGAGGAAAACAACCGAAAAGGAACAAAGACAACGCUUCUGUCAAGAGAAAUUAUAGAUGCGUGGGAUAUCCUGAUUGUAACAUGAGUUUCAAUAGGACCGAACAUUUGGCUAGACAUAUCAGGAAACACACAGGGGAGAAACCAUUCCAAUGCAAUAUCUGCCUUAAAUUCUUCAGUAGAAUCGAUAACUUAAGACAACAUCAAUCUUCUGUUCAUUCGGACGUUGAUUUGAUGUCCUUACGUAGACUGCAGCAGUCCGCAAAUAGCACUGCGAACGACCCUAACGCAACAAGAAUGUUCCCGCAAUUACGCCCAUAUGGAAUUGUUGUCCAGCCCGCGCCUGUUCCAUACAAUCUGCCCAUAUCAACUCCUGCUAGCCCACAAGACACUAUAUCUCUUUACGCACCACCAUACUUCCCUCAUCCUAUGCCAUCUGCUCCCAUACCAUUGCCGCAUCAGCCUCCUCCACUACCAAUAUACAGCUAUAUGCAACCACUCUUCCUGAACCACACUCCCAUACAAAACCACAACAUUGUAGAGCUCCCUCCAGAUAGCAGUGACACUCCAGCAUCGCCGUCUAAGGUGCAAAGUUUUGACCAGGCCAAGGACGCUUCACCAAACGCAAAAAAAUAA